AAACAACUUCCCAAACACGUGUGUGCCGCCCGCAUUGUACGGUCGCGUAUUAAUACCGUGUGCUGUUUGUGUUUUUAGUUAAUUUAAUCUAGAAAAUGGUUGCCAACAAAGAAAAGGCAGUGAAACGAAAAGCAUCCAUUGCAGAGGCAAAGGCAGAACAGACCGUCUCGAAACAGGAACCGGAAGAUUCGAACGAAGGUAGCAAUGAGGAGAGCGACUAUGCAUCGGACGAGGAAAACCUUCUCGGAAACAUCAAUAACGAAGGCGAAGAUAGUAGUGAUUCGGAUGGGGAAAAUGACUCCGAGGAGGAUGAUGAUGAUGAGGUGUUGAGCUUCGAAAGCCUUGGCUCGGAUUUGGAUGCAGAUUCCGAUGAAGAAGUAGGUGCUAGGCUGGAAGCGAUCGAGAACGACGAUGAUGGUGAGGGUGAGGAUGCCGAGGAUGAAGAGGAGUUCGAUUCGGCCGAUGAUGUAAACAGCGACAGCGAGUCGGAAGAGGAGGACGAGGAAGAUACGGAGGAGGAUAGCAUGGAAGAUGAGGAUCUUGAUGAGGAGGAAGAAGUAAAAAAAGUGCAAGAAUCCAAACCUGCAAAACCCGCUGAACCCGCUAAGCCUGCCAAGCAAACCAAACCAGCCAAACCUGCUAAGCCCGCCAAAAAAGAACAGAAAAAAGAGGUAACCCAGGACGAAUCGGACGAUGAGGGCCCUCUUCCAGAGGACGAUGAUGAUGAUGAUGUUGGGCUAAAGCUUGGCCGCAUCGAAGAUGUGCUUGGUACGGAGGAAAAGAAAACGCGUGGCUUAAGCGUCUUUCCAACGCUGCCCAAGAAGAAGGGCAAGGCGAAGGAUGAGUACGCCGCCGGGGACACAUCGGACGAGGAAGACAUCCGGAACACGGUCGGCAACAUUCCGAUGCACUGGUACGACGAGUACAAACACAUCGGGUACGAUUGGGAUGCGAAGCGCAUCAUCAAGGCGAAGAAGGGUGAUGCGAUCGACGAUUUCCUGCAGCGCAUGGAGGAUCCAAACUUCUGGCGCACGGUGACCGACCCACAGACGGGCCAGAAGGUGGUACUGUCCGAUGCGGACAUCGGUCUAAUCAAGCGCAUCAUGUCCGGGCGCAACCCAGACGUCGAGUACAACGAUUACGAACCGUUCAUCGAGUGGUUCACGUCGGAGGUGGAAAAGAUGCCGAUACGCAACAUCCCGGACAGCAAACGGUCGUUCCUGCCGAGCAAGGUGGAGAAGCAAAAGAUUGGCAAGUACGUGCACGCGCUCAAGAUGGGCUGGAUGAAGACGAGGGAGGAAAAGCGGCGGCUGGCCCUGCUCCGACGCAUGCCCAAGUUUUACAUGCUGUGGCAAACGGAUCACGGGAAGGAGGAUAUGCGCCGCAUCCACGACCAUGUGGUCGCCCCGAAACGGGCACUGCCGGGCCAUGCCGAGUCGUACAAUCCGCCACCGGAGUAUCUGUUCGACGACAAGGAGCUGGCCGAGUGGAAAAGGCUGGCGGCUGAACCGUGGAAAAGGAAGCGUCCGUUCGUGCCUCGGAAGUACAGCAGUCUGCGGGAGGUGCCAGCCUACGGAAGGUACGUUAAGGAGCGUUUCUUGCGCUGUCUGGAUCUGUAUCUGUGUCCGCGCAGCCGGCGAUCGCGCGUUGCCGUUGGUCCGGAGUAUCUGGUGCCGAAGUUACCGUCGCCGCGUGAUUUGCAACCCUAUCCGACGCUGCAGAACCUGAUCUACAAGGGCCACACGAACAUGAUCCGCUCCAUUAGCGUGGAACCGAAGGGCGAAUAUCUGGUGACCGGGUCGGACGAUAUGACGGUGAAGAUUUGGGAAAUCUCGACCGCCCGUUGCAUCCGCACGAUACCGACCGGGGACAUUGUGCGGUCGGUGGCCUGGUGUCCGAACAGCAAGAUAUCGCUGGUGGCCGUUGCCAGCGGCAAGCGCGUACUGCUCAUCAAUCCCAAGGUGGGAGACUAUAUGCUGGUAAAGAAAACGGACGAUCUGCUGUCGGAAGCACCCCGAUCCGAUACGGUUGACAACGAGCGCAUCAAAUCGGCCAUCCAGUGGUCCGAGGUGACAGAGGAAGAAAGCAAGGCGGGCAUCCGUAUCGUCAUCACGCACUUCCGCGAGGUGCGCCAGGUUACAUGGCAUGGGCGAGGUGAUUACUUUGCCACCGUCAUGCCGGACGCGGCCUAUCGGUCCGUCAUGAUCCAUCAGCUGUCCAAGCGUCGGUCACAGCUUCCGUUCUCGAAGAGCAAGGGUCUGGUGCAGUGCGUACUGUUCCACCCGGUUAAACCGUGUCUGUUUGUUGCGACCCAGCGGCACGUCCGGGUGUACGAUCUGGUGAAGCAGAUGAUGCUGAAGAAGCUGUACCCGGGCUGCAAAUGGAUCUCCAGCAUUGCCAUCCAUCCGAAGGGUGACAAUCUGCUGGUGGGCACGUACGAGAAGCGCUUGAUGUGGUUCGAUCUGGAUCUGUCCACCAAACCGUACCAGCAGCUGCGCAUUCACAAUUCGGCCAUCCGUGGCGUGGCGUUCCAUCAGCGCUACCCACUGUUUGCGUCCGCUGGUGAUGAUCGCAGUGUGGUCGUUUCGCACGGCAUGGUUUACAAUGAUUUGCUGCAAAAUCCGCUGAUUGUACCGUUGCGCCGGUUGAAAAACCACGAGGUGGUGAACGACUUUUCCGUGUUCGACAUCGUGUUCCAUCCGACGCAGCCGUGGAUCUUCUCGUCCGGGGCAGACAAUACGGUGCGCUUGUACACGUAAAGUUGGUCGUUCGAAGUAUUCCGCAAAGCAUACUGAUUUGUUUCCAUUUCUUCAAUAAACUAUUUCUUAAUGCACUGCUUUAUCAACAACAAAAAAAA